AUGGACACCACUAGAGAUCUAAUUACUACCCUGGAACUACUCCAGAUAUUUCUUCAGGACGCCUCGGGUGAUGACCGACAUGCAGCUGUGUGUCUGCUUACCGACAAGCUCGUUCUCGCCUCGAGCAGCCGCGACCUCCCAUUCGCCGCCGCGACUUCCGGACUUGGGUACACGGUCGCGGUGAAGGCUAGAACAAAAGCAAUCGAGGACACGCUUAAUGCCUUUAACUUGGAGAGUGCCAUAGAGAUCGCUGGCAUCCAUAUACCAAUUGUUGCAUCUCAAGAUGCUCUGAGUGAUGCAUGUGCGUACGACGCUGUACUAGUGCGCCAAGAUCGGGUGCUUGUGGUCUGGGGCGAUAGGACGACCGCCAUCGUCAGACAAUUUUGCCAGGUAGAGCACAGACUGCGCCAUCUCGUUGGUGAAUGCAUUUGCGAUGCAUUUGACGAACCAUCCGACCGCAAUUUGGCCACUAAAGAUCAUGGCCGCAGUCUAUAUCCCGGAUAUAACGGAUUUAUCGACGAAACUUUCAAAAGACGAAUGCUAGAAGAGAAUGUCGACCCAUCAGAGUCGAUACCGAAGGAAGAGCCAGCGGUGAACCCUACGCUCACGCUCAGAGACCCAUCCGUCGGGUUCUGGGCUGGGUCAAAUCGGGCCACAGAGGUCCGCACAACCAAUUCUGGCCGUCGCGCUCGGCACAACGACACGCUGGCAGACGCCUCAGGCUCUGUGAGUGGCGUAGCGGCCACAUCGCACACCACGUCGUAUACGAGAGCUCGCAUAUCUAGAGCAGUCACGGCUUGCCCACGCAAGAUGGGCAAGACCGAAACUAGCCCUAAAUACGGCAAUACCUCCAGCAACAUGGGCGCAAGUGACAACGAUGACGGUGACUCCAGCAGAGAUGAUAACGAUGACUCUGCUGUAAACCUUGUCGGUGAAGAGAUACACCAGACAUAUGCUACGUCUGGUGCAUACACUACUCGCUUCAGCGGCCGGACGUCUCAGUCAAGAGGCGGUGAACACGUACCACUCCUCAAUUCGACGGCCACAGGGCCGACGCGUCGUUCGCAGCCAAGUCGCAGUGCCAAGCGGAAGAGUCCCAGCACCGACAACAAUGGCCACGUCGACGGCUCCUCCGACUCGCGCAACAAGAAACAAAAGACGAAACACGCGGCACCUCCUCGGCAGCAAAAGAAAUUCGUCUGUCCUCGCGAGAAAUGCAAGCAUCAGGGAUUCAAAAGUCAGAGCGACUUCCGCUGUCACCUGCGGAGCUGUUUUGAGAUCAAGCAGUUCUUCUGUCCUCGUUGCGGUAAUACUUUCGCGCGGAUAGAUGCAACGAACCGUCACGUCAAGAGCAGUUGCAACGGCUCGCAGGGUCCUACUGGCGACGGCGAUGAGGGAGGCGCGCAGCUCGGCAAUGGCAGCUCGGCAAACAUGGAGAGCGACCAAGUGAGCGACGCUAUCAUGCGCAGGCGAGCCACAGAGCUGGAUGUGAGCAUAGAGGACCUGAUAUACGUGCUUGGUUUCCUCACCAAGGUCGAGGCGGCCCUCUUAUUCAGUGGAGGCGAAUCCAAUGGGGAGGACGGCGACGGAGGAGCGGCUUAA